AUGGCGUACCAGCAGCAGCAACAGCAACAGCAAUCGCGCUACGGCCAGUGCGACUCUUACUUCGUCGAAUCUCAAGACGACGGCAUCUAUGCCAUCCGAGCCGAGGCUAGAGAACGGCACCGAGCCAUCUCCAAGAUGCAACAACGCGCCAUUGCUGAGGAGCUUUCCAGAAUGACAGCUGAAGAAUACCAAGAGGAUGUCAUGCAACACAUGCUGCACAUGGAAUCGCAAACACUACCCGAUGUUAACUCGAUUGACAUUCAGACCGAGAUCCAGUGGUUCAUGCGCCCAUACCUCCUUGAUUUUCUGGUAGAAGCUCACGCUGCAUUCCAGCUCCUCCCUGAAACCUUGUUCCUCGCCGUCAACCUUCUAGAUCGCUACUGCUCGCGCCGUGUUGUCUACAAGCGCCACUACCAGCUCGUUGGAUGUGCUGCUCUGCUCAUUGCUGCUAAGUACGGCGACAAGAAGGAUCGUGUGCCCACUGUCCGGGAGCUCAAGUCCAUGUGCUGCUCUUUGUACGACGACGAGAUGUUCACCCAGAUGGAGUGGCAUGUUCUGCAAACGCUCAACUGGAUCAUCGGUCACCCCACAGUUGAUGCGUUCCUUCAGCUUGCGCUAUCCGAGGCUCCUUACGAUGCCGAGGUUGAGCACAUGACGCUCUACAUCGCCGAGAUUGCACUUUUCCACAAGGAGUUUGUCUCUACACGGCCAUCGGUCCUCGCUCGAUCUGCUCUUGCCCUCGCGAGAUGCAUUCUUUCCCGUCCUCAAGCAAGAAGCACAGAGUGGUCUGGCGCCUACGACGCACAGAAUGUGAUUGGCCUAUCCAACCACUUGUACCAGCCCUCUCCUGUGCUCUCUCGCAAGUAUGCUUCGAUGCACCUAUCGACUGUAUCCGCCACCGUGGACGAGUUCCUGCAGCGCCAGGCGCAGAUUGCCCGCCGACAAGCAGCCCCGCCAACCCCGCCGCCCACCGUAGUCAUUGACGAGCCCAAGACUUCUCCCGAGACGAUUGGUCCUCAGACACCCAACAAGAACCCGUACGCCUCGGUCAUGCAAAACGGAUACCCGACCCCGCCCAUCACUCCUGAAGGCGAGCAGUUCACAUAUGGCCACGUCGUCAAGUCGCAGCCUGCGUCCAUGUAUCCCUCGACGCCCACGUCGGAGCACCCGGUAGCACAACAGCAGGGCCAAUACUACCACAGCCAAUACCUCCACCCCCAGCACAUGUAA